AUGCAAAGUUUGGGGCUGAAGAUUUUGUGCAUUGCAGCAGGCUAUGCACUGGAGAAGAAAGUAGUCAAAAGCAAAGUGGGAGAAAAAGUCGGUUUGCCUUGUUGCCAUGAAAUUCCCAGCUCGGAAAGCCUACAGAACUACCGGGUCUACUGGCAGAAGAACACUACAGAGGUAGUGCUUGCCUACGCGGCGGGGGAGAGGAUCUCCGAGCACAACUCCGCCCGGUAUGAGAACCGGACAGAGAUAGACCCCAGGAACCUCACCCUAUGGAUCUCCUCCAUGGAAAUCCUGGACAAUGGCCCUUACUGGUGUGUAGUUCAGCACCUCAGAUUUUCGCAGAACCCGGUUGUUGUGUGCAAUGAGCCUGUCAACCUCUUUGUUACAGCUGACUUCAGUGAGCCGAACCUAACAGCAGAAGUAACCGCUGAUUCUUGUGCAUCAACUGAACUGGUGGUAAUGUGUUCUUCUUACGGAGGUUUCCCCAAACCCAAACUCUCUGGAGCCCUCAACAACAUGUCCGUGGUGUGGAAUGCCAGCUGGGUGACCGAGUCCAGCCUCAGCCCAUACAAUGUCACUGGCAAACUGUCACUCAACAUGACCCAAGAUGUCAACAUCACUUGCUCCGUUGAAUACAAUGGCUUUACCAAGUCCACCAGUUUGCUUCUGAAAAAAACAAACGACUGUGUUGUCCCUACUGUGGCUCCAUCUUAUAAUGUCAUUACUGCUUCGAGUAUCAUCAUUAUCAUCUUCCUUUUGGCUAUCACCCUAGCAGCAAGGUACCUCUCAAGGCACGUCUGUUCUCACUGCUGUAAGCGUCAGGAUUCAGCGGAACAGGGUGUGAAAGAAUGUACAAAGCCACCCAUGAGCUCUAAAGUGACAUCUGAAACAUCAUCUGUAUGA